ACCUUGCAUCGCACCACGCGCAACCCUCAUCCUUCCCGAUGACGAACCCGCAUCGGGGUCCGCAAGAAAGGGGAAGGUCCCUUUCUGAAGUCAACUUUUUCGGUCGAAGAAAAGUUAGCUUCCUUUAACGUCCAGCUUCUCUGUUCGUCUAAUAUUUCUUCGAAAAGUAAACGAGAAGAUGAGCACGACGGCGAAGCGGUUUGAUUGAAUGCGCGGCGAUUCUUCUUCAUUUUCUCUCUAAAACUUCAUCUUCUGGAAGAAGGGAAUAAGCGAUCCGUGGUUCUCAAGUAUCUGCUAGUUAUUUUCCUUUGAGGCAGUGAGCAGGCCUCGAAGCGGGUGCGAUUUUGGGUUUCUGACCUCAAGGAGGUGAAGAUUAGCGACAUUGGAAGAUUGGGGAUUUUCUUUAGUUUCUUGUUUGAAUUGAUCGUUUCCUGACUUGGAUAUAUUGGCAUUAAUGUUGGAUUCGUACGGGUUGAGUUUGGUAGGUACCUUUGGAACUUCAUGAGUCGGUGCUUGGGCUUAUAGCUGACUGAAGAAGAGUCACAUGAGUAGCCAAGUCAUGAGUAGAGCGCCUUCAAUUUUUUCAUAAGAGCUGUCAACUUCUGUGAUCCAUGGGGCAGUGGGUUAUUGGAGCGAUAAUCAACAUAGUUGGGAGCAUUGCAAUAAAUUUUGGGACAAACCUUCUUAAAUUGGGGCAUGAUCAGCGCGAAAGACUUUCAGCAGCCAGCAAUGAUGGAUCUACCAAGCUUAUUUUGAAACCAAUCAUUUAUUUUCAUUCUUGGAGGGUUGGUAUUCUCUUCUUUGUUCUCGGGAAUAGCCUUAACUUCUUUUCUUUCGCAUAUGCUGCUCAGUCCCUUCUUGCAGCUUUGGGUUCAAUUCAGUUUGUAUCUAAUAUUGCAUUUUCUUACUUUGUACUGAGUAAGACCGUGACUAUCAAGGUUUUGACGGCCACAUUUUUUAUUGUUUUUGGCAACAUUUUCUUAGUCUCUUUUGGCAAUCACCAAUCACCUGUUUACACUCCAGAGCAACUUGCAGAGAAGUAUAGCAAUCUUGUUUUCCUUCUUUAUUGUCUGAUGCUGAUUGUGGUGGUUAUAAUAAAUCACUAUAUGUACAGGAAAGGAGCAGCCUGUCUGUCAGUGUAUGGGAAUGAUUUUAACCCAUAUUGGAGAAUGAUAUUGCCCUUUUCCUAUGCCAUUGUGUCCGGUGCAAUCGGAUCCUGCUCAGUUUUAUUUGCAAAGUCACUAUCUAACAUGCUUAGGCUAACCAUGAGCAGCAAUUAUCAUUUUCAUAGCUUGUUCACAUACUCCCUUCUUUUGUUGUUUUUCAGCACAGCUGGGUUUUGGUUGGCAAGAUUAAAUGAAGGGUUGUCACUCUUCGAUGCAAUCCUUAUUGUCCCCAUGUUUCAGAUUGCAUGGACUUUCUUCUCCAUCUGUACAGGAUUUAUAUAUUUCCAAGAAUAUCAGGUGUUUGAUGCAUUACGGAUAACGAUGUUCCUUAUGGGCAUGUCAUUUGUAUUCAUAGGCAUUACCUUGUUGGCACCUGAUGAUGUUAAAGGCGAUGAAACGAAAGAUUCUUAUUCUUUAAUUUCUUCAUCUGCUCAAAGUAUUGCACCUGAUGUAAACUGCAGCAGUUCAUCCACAUUAACACAGGAGCCUGAAACAAAUUUAUUUAAAUCAUCUACACGUGCAAUUUUGGAGAAUGCAAGGACCUUCUUUGCAAAAGCUAAGGCUACAUGCUCUUUAUCAGUUGGUCUAAGUGAAGAAUCAAUCAAUGCAUCUUCAGUGCUUGUAAUGCCUAUGGUGUCUGCGAGAGCGACGGGCUUCAGGCCGACCAUUUUCGAUCGUGCAAAGUUUGGCUCUUCAAGAACUGCUAGUUGGAGCGAGCCGACGUUGGUAGAAGAUGAUGGCAGCAAUGUUGAUAUAGAAAGACAAGAGAGAGUGUCUUUGCUGUCGUAGUAUCGCGUCUGUAGUCUGAAAUUCUGUUAUGCAGAUGUACAUGUAUCAUGAUUUUAUAGAUUUGAAGAUUCUUUUCUUUGUCACAGUAUGGGGGUAAUUUGUUAGACCGCACUAAAUGUCUGCAAAUUUCUCACUUUGCAGGUAUACUUUUGAAAUGUGAAACAAUACUUACAGUUUCAUUUUAGGGAC